ACAGACGAAGAAGAAUCGUUGCCAGGCCCCGUUCUUAGGCAUUAAAUCCGGAGCCGUCUGUGUAAACAGUGCAGGAGAAAACCCCAACUAAAAGGUUCUUCUACUACAUCAGGGACAACGGCAGGCCCGGGAGAUCCAUUGCUACGACGGGGAGCCUCAGGAGUCUGCUGACACCAUGUCUCAUCCCCUCUUCAACGCUGACCUUUUGGGAAAACAGCGAUCCACCCAGAUUCAUAAUGGACCACCAGCGAAUGACCUUCCCAGUGGAUUUCCUAGUAUUGGACCAGGAUCCAGAUUGACUUCUUCUGGAUCUUCAUCUGCAACUCUUCCCAACUACAUUUCAGGUCAAAACACAGCCACAUCACAUAGCAAUCCAGGGACUUUAUCACACUCAAUCCUUCAGAGUGUCAAAAGCGUGGAACAUCAACCUGUGAUGGCCAAUUUUACCAUCAAUCAAAGAAAUGCAUUUCCUUCCUCCUCUGCAAUGCCAUCAGCAUCUCAAGACCACCCACGGGCCAUCGCUGCCAUUGACAGCACUUCCUUGGACUGGUUGCCCGUCUCCAAACCAGCUGCAAAGACUGAAGCACCAGAAAGUUCCUAUUCAUACUUUGUAACUGGUUUCAAUAAUAAUCAGAGGGUUUCUUCUGGUGAACAGGUGGACACUCGUGCCUUUGGUCAUCAUGACAAUCUAGCUCCAGAUAAAUCUGUUUUGUCUGAGUCCACUCAGCCAAAGCACCAAAAAGAAUCAGCAGCUGAGAUUCUUCAGAGGUUUGGCCUCGAUGUAAACGACUUGAAAGAACUUCAGUCUUAUGAUUUGGGUCAGAUUACUCCUGAAAAUCUGUCUCACAUUUUGUAUCAGAUUUCUGUUCAGAAGGAGAAAAGAGCUGCUGGAAAGUCUUCUGAAGCGCACCCUCAACUACGAGGGAUUCUGAAGCCUAGUAAAGUGUCUGACUGUGGGCAUUCUGACAUGGAAAGGACCAGUAGUGAAAACAGUGGUCAGGUUAUAGACAGCGUACCACUGGAUGAGCAAAGGGCGAGUGCUUUGCACUCAAAACAAACAUCUUCAAAUAAACCAGAUAGUGGCCCGUCUGAACCAUCGGCAGCAGAAUCCAGGGAGCAGGCCACAAAACGUCUCGGACCUAAUGUCCUCCAAGCUUGUCCUUUAAAGAAGCCAAGGUUGAGUCCCCUGCCAGUGUCAGAAACCCAAACAUCCUCCUCCAAGGUGUUUGAUAUUCUUUACAGUCGUGUAAAUGUUGACAGCUCAGGUUUGAAGCAUCAAGGUUCUUCUAAAGCUUCAUCCAGCAAACUGCCUGAGUUCAAGGAGUCUAGUGCCAAAGGUCUGCCAACACUCGGCAUGACUGAAGACUACAAUGGCACCCAACCGAGAACAAUGCCCCACCAGUGCUCUCUCUGUUUCAGGAUAAUUGCUGACGAAAAGAAUUGGCUCAUCCACCAGUGUAGCGAGCUCCACCUUGAGAACUGCAGACUCUUCAAGAAAAGAUAUCCUGAGUGGUUUGGUGAGACGCAGCCGUCCCACAGCAAAAAUGCAACGGGAUCCUCUGCAACUUCUGACAGUUCGCAGCGUCGUCGUGAAGAAAGUAACCCUGAAAGCAGCUCCUGCUUAAGCGCUGCCAGCCGCAGCCAGGGCUCGGAGGCUCUAAGGGACGAGUCCAGCUGCAACGACCCACACCGGCACCACAGCAGGGGGUCACGUUCCAACUCACACAGCCCUGGGUCUAAUCCAGGGUCUGAGGAAAAUAGGCCAAGAAGCUGGUCCCCUUCCAGCUACAGCCCAGAGUGCACGUCUGAAGACGAAGGACGAUCCAGAUCACCUCACAGCAUAGGUAAAGCUGACCCAUCUGUGCGGAGAAGAGGUGGUUAUGAAAGUCCAGAGACUUCUGUUAGUCCUGUGGAGACCCAUCAAGCUAAAUAUACUCCAGAAUCCGCUGCUGAGAUCCUUCAGAAGCUUGGACUUGACAAAGAGGACCUAAAAGAGCUUGAGUCUUACCCUGAGGAUCAGAUCACUGUCGAAAAUCUGCAUCUGAUUUUGAGUCAGAUCGCCCUCCGGAAGAAGAGGAGAGCCACGGCUGCCGGGAUGAGUUUGGAUCAAAGGCCUCAAAGUCCUUUCUGUGGCCCUGCUGCUAAAUGUACUGGUGCUGGAGACAAGCUAAAGGAGAGCUGUGCAGGCAACAGUGAGGCAGGUAGAGCUAAAUUACCGCUGGAUAAUCCAAGUCUCCGUUUUUGCAAAAAGAAACUACUAAAAAAAUGUGUGAAAGGCGUCAAAACUCCCGGUUUGGACUCAAAGAGUCGCCCCCUAAAGAAAAAAAUGAAACAGAAAGACGGACAGCCUCUCAAGGCUCCAGCAUCCAAACGCGUUCCUUUGAAACGACCUCAAUCGGCAUCAAAAAUGAAAAAAGGAGGUUCUUCCAGCGCUUUGGACCCAGACAACACAAUGAAAAAAGUUGGAGCAAAAGCAGCGGCAGCUGCUGGUCAGAAGUCAAAGCUGCAGGCGAAGCAAAAACUCAUCAGGCAGAAGUUGAAGCAGAAGAAUCGACUGAAGUGUGACGGUAAAGCAGAAUCCAAGAAAGCUUUCCUGUAUAAUGCUGCUUCUGCUAAACUAGCUCCAACCAAACCGCCCGUCGUCAAGGCCUCAGUGUCCAGUCAUCUGCCAACCCAAGCCAAUGUUAAAGACUACAUAGGAAUCACGCCGAUAACCUUCCCGCAUACCUGCUCCAUCUGUAACAAGAAAUGUUGGGACAUGCAGGCCUGGCUCUCCCACCAGAAUAGCAGCUUUCACCUGGAGAGCUGCGGGAUCCUCCGGACACAAUAUCCACAAUGGGAUGGGGAAGUUCUACCACUACUCAGCAAUCGUUCCCCAUCAAGUAGCCCCUACCUGGAUUAUGGCUCAGAGAGUCAAAUGAGCAGGUCAGGAAGCAGGUCCCGUUCUCCAUCAUACAGCCCGCCUCCAGGUCGUUUCUUCAAUAGAGAAAGGUCAAGGUCCAGAAGCAGAUCAUGGUCCAACUCCUACCACCAUAGUGGGCCCAAAGGCAGAAGAGAAAGGAGCAUCAGUCGAUCCAGAUCACCUUACGACUGUGGACACUAUCAGAGGUUUCAAUCUCAAUAUUGCUCUUCCCGGUACAUGUGCCCAUCUUCCCCUCAAUGUCACUUACGUUCAAGGAGCCGUGAGAGACUGUCCUCAUCCAGGAACAUAGACGAGAAACCGUUCUCCUCGAAAAGGAGCCAAGAGAGAUGCUCUUCAUCCAGAAACAUAGAUGAGAAACCUUUCUUACCGAACAGACGCCAAGACAGACAGUCCUCGUCAAAGAACAUAGACGAGAAAUCCUUCUCACCGAUAAGGAGCCAAGGAAGAGAGUGUUCCUCCAGGAACAUUGAUGAGAAACCCUUCUCACCGAAGAGGAGCCAAGAGAGAGUGUCCUCAUCCAGCAAGAUAGAUGAGAAACCCCUGUCACCAAAGAGGAGACAAGAGAGAGUGUCCUCAUCCAGCAAGAUAGAUGAGAAACCACUGUCACCAAAGAGGAGACAAGAGAGAGUGUCCUCAUCCAGGAAGAUAGAUGAUAAACCAUUGUCACCAAAGAGGAGACAAGAGAGAGUGUCCUCAUCCAGGAAGAUAGGUGAGAAACCAUUGUCACCAAAGAGGAGCCAAGAGAGAGUGUCCUCAUCCAGCAAGAUAGACGAGAAACCACUGUCACCAAAGAGGAGCCAAGAGAGAGUGUCCUCAUCCAGCAAGAUAGACGAGAAACCACUGUCACCGAAGAGGAGACAAGAGAGAGUGUCCUCAUCCAGGAAGAUAGACGAGAAACCACUGUCACCAGAGAGGAGACAAGAGAGAGUGUCCUCAUCCAGAAAGAUAGAUGAGAAACCAUUGUCACCAAAGAGGAGCCAAAAGAGAGUGUCCUCAUCCAGCAAGACAGACGAGAAACCGUUCUUACCGAAGACGAGCCAAGAGAGAUUGUCCUCAUCCAGGAAGACUGAUGAGAAACCUUUCUCACAGAAACUGUGGUCACUCAGGAAGAUAGACGAGAAGUUGUUCUCACUGAAGACGAGCCAAGAGAGACAGACAUUGACAGAACAGCGCCACAAGAGACGGCCGUUCAAAGAGAGUUCGAUUCAUCAUAGUGAGAAGACGGGAAGUGCAGCGAGAAAUAUAAGAAAACCAACAGAAUCAUCUGGUCCUGUGAUCUCAUCUGGCAAAGGUGAACCAAAACCUGAAGAACUGAGCAAAAGGCAGCCGCUACAGGAUUUGUCAGAUGAUUGGACUCCAGGGGAGAUGAUAGGAAUCCCUGUUUCCUUGGAUAAACUAUCGACUGUGACUCCGAAAGAUUUAAAGUCACACCCAGAUAUUUCAAAGUGGAAGCAUCUGCUGCUGAUAACCAACCUUCCUGAGUAUUUUGAUGGCUGUUACACAGAGGAUGAGAUCGUCAAGAUUCUCCCGUCUUUUGGAUUCGAGAACCCCUGUGACAUUUUUGUAAUUCCUCACAAACAAGCGGCUGUUGCUUUCAAACAAUAUACGAAAACACUGAAGGAAACGCUGGAGAAAAAGCUCGCAUCUUGUGAUGACAUCUUUCUCAAAGGGUCUAAACUACAUUUUCAGACUUGCAUAUUGCCAACAGAUGAUUCACCGCUUGGGUUCUACAAAAUACUGAUGAGCCUCCUUUAUUUCAGUGGGAAUAAAUGGGGAGAUAAAUUAACCUACAUCCAGAAUAUCUCACCAAGCGAGGCCCGCAACCUCAGGAGGGCUCUGAGAAAGAUUGGGGGUGUAAGGAACUACCUGCCUCUACUCAACAAGGUUUAUGUUGAAUUUGAGUGGAAUCAAGCUGUGGAUCGGCUCGGAGUUUGGUACAGCUUCCUGAAACGAGGCUGUGAGCACAACGUACAAAGGUUACAAAUAGCAACGUCCUAUAUACUAUCUACUGCUCCUAGUCUGCCUGAACAGGCCCUGCCUGACCCCCGUGAUGCUGUCGCUGAUGCAAGGAUCCCAAAAGCCAACUGUGGCAUUCCAGCUGGUACUGUCCCACCAUUUUGGAUCACCAUGCCAAAUCCACCGUACAUUUUUCCCACUUACUCACUGUGGUUCGACAUCCCUGAUUUCCUGACGGUGAAAGGAGUUGACGACAUAGAGAAAGCUCGCCCUCAGGCCUCCAAAUUCUCUACCAUCAUGCUGACUGGUUUCUGUGACAAGAAUUGGCAACCAGGCAAAGUCCAUAAGUUUAUGACAGAAUACAGCCUUCAUCGCUUCAACGUGAUUUUCCUGCCACUGCAGAGAAGGGCCUUUGUGUAUUUCAAAAGCUGGGAUUUGUGCUCCUCCUUCAUCCAGAAUUACCUCAAAACGGUUCUUUCUAAAGGAAGCCCCCCUGUCUGCGUCCACUUUGUGUUAGAGGACAUCCGUCCAGGAGACGCUGAGGACAAGUUGUACAAGACUCUGAUGAGACUGAGCAACGCUCACGUUUCCAAGCCCGAGGCCCUCACUGAGCGACUCAUCUGUGUGUAUGUCUCCGAAGUCUGGUUGUUUUUAAUCACGAGCCUUCUGGAAGUGGUUAAAUCCAUUGCUCCUUUUGUCAACUUCCUGGUGCUUUCUGAUCGAGUCUACAUAGAAAUGAGGGAAUCCAGCGGUGUAGCUGAGGUGUUAGAAUCCCACUCAAGGAAGACUCUGUCUCAGAGGCAUGGUUGCUGGAGGAUUCUAAAAAUCCGUCCCAUGAACAACAGAUUGAGUCCGUCGUUGUUGCUCUGAAACCUCCUGGACCUGGUGGACGAAGCUUGUGAAGAGCGCCAGAGAGAACCUGGUGCUUCUGUCACUGAGCCGGAGGACUUUAGGAGAUCAGAUUUAGUUAAUUAUCUGACUGAGAAAAAAAGUUACCUUCAACUCCCUGAGUUGCGUCAUGACAAGUUACCUGAAGCUGAUAAUGGACACAUAGAGGAAGAGGAAAUGGGCUAAGAGCUGAUUGAUUUGGUUAAAGAUCGGCCAAACAGAAAACAGGUAAAGAAUAUGAGACAUGAGGACGAGGAAGUCUUGAAGAAAGAGGGGAUAAGAUGACCAUGGGCAGCUUUGAUAAAGACGAUGCUCCGGCUGAAACAAAAACUCCCAGCCACAUGUAGAGCUACAGCAGAGGAGGUGCCUUAACAGGAGCUGGCGGCUCCAAAUCUGGUGAAACUGUUGCAGAAGAUGUGGACACCGUGAUACACAUUACUCAAAGUUCCUAAUCUGUUGUUACGUUAUAGCCACAGACUUUAAAUGUGUUUAAUUAAGAUUCUAUGUGAUGGAGCAACAAAAGGCAGAGUUUAAUUGGAAAACUAACAAUAAAGUCAAUCUGAAAAGUCAAAAA